GCGCCUCGAAAUCAAAAAAGCAGUGCUAAAUCUCGAGCACCGGACCACCUGAGCGGGCUUUCUGCUGUGCAGGAGCUCCGUUCACACAAUUGACAGCGCUGCGCAAGACGCCGCCGCCGCGCGUCGCGUAACCGCGUAGCAUUUUAAAAGCGCUCUCAGACGCAGCCAUGGCCAAGGACGAGCCCCAGAAGAAGUCCGCCACGCUCCAGGCCUUCUUCAAACCCAAACCCACCCAGAAGAAGAAGGCCGAGACGCCCGCGGUCAAGCGCCCGAGCGAAGACACGAGUGACGCGACGGCCGCGAAGAAGCCCAAGCCCGCGCCCGUGGCCCAAAAAGCCGAACCGGCGACCAAUGCGGACGGCCAGUGGACCGGCCAGGUCCCCUACGCCGCCGUGGCGGCUACCUUUUCAAGGAUCGAGGCCACUACCAAGAGAUUGGAGAUCCAAGCCAUCGUGUGCGAGUUACUGGAACAGACGAUCGCGCGAGCCCCGAACGACCUCGAGGCCAUUUUGUUCCUGCUGUGCAACAAGGUGGCGCCCGCGUUCGACAACCUCGAGAUGGGCAUCGGGGAUUCUCUGUUACAAAAGGCCAUCGCGCGGGCGUUCGGGAAGGAGGUGAAGAACGUGAAGAGCGCCUACGAGCGGGAGGGUGAUUUAGGAUUGGUUGCCGAGGACGCGCGACGGAAGCAGAAGUUCCUCGGCUUCGGGAGCAAGCCGAAGCCCCUCCAAGCAUCACAAGUCCUCGAGGCCUACCGCGCCAUCUGCUCCAUAUCCGGAAGUAAGUCGCAGGACCAGAAGGUGGGCAAGAUGCAGAAGCUCAUGAUUAGUGCUACUCCCUGCGAGGCGAAAUACGUGACGCGGGGCCUGCAAGGCAAAUUGAGAAUUGGCCUAGCUGAAACAUCAGUAUUGAUAGCCUUCGCCCACGCCUUAGUGCGAUCGCCUCCCGUUUCAUCAGAUCUGAUGGAGACGGACGAGAAGUUACCAUCUGUUACUCGCGAGAUCACGGGAGCGCAGGCUUCUCACGCGCUGAAGAUCGAUGCGUCUCGAGGUUCUACGUUAGGAAAGAAGCGUUUGACGAAAGAUGAACGGUUGAUUGCUGCGGAAGCUGUGGUGAAGCAGUGCUACGCGGAGGCGCCCUCGUAUUCGACAUUGUGCCAAGGCGCCCUGACGACACCUUUGUGGAAUUUACACACGAAGUGCGCGUUGGGUGUUGGUGUCCCCGUCUUCCCCAUGCUUGCCAAGCCCACGAAGUCGGUUGAUGAAGUACUUAAGCGAUUAUCAGGCAAGGCCUUCACCUGCGAACACAAGUACGACGGGGAGCGGUUCCAAGCACACCUCGCGAGUGACGGGUCCGUCCGCGUCUUCUCGCGGAACUUGCAGGACACGACGAAGAAGUGGCCGGAGGUCGCGUCGGUGCUGCGGGAGGCUUGCGUCGAUACGACUACCUCAUUUGUAUUGGAUGCGGAGGUUGUCGCCGUGGACACGUCGACGGGCGCCUUAUUGCCCUUCCAACGUUUGAGUACGAGGAAGAAGGAAGUCACGGAAGGAGAAUCGGGCGGGCCUGCCGUGAUUGUCUUAGCGUUCGACUUGCUACUCUUGAAUGGCGAAUCUUUGCUCAGAAACACUCUUAGGGAACGUAGAACGCGUUUACAUGCCUCAUUCAAAGCCGUGAAGAAUGGCUUCGCCUUCGCCGAUUCGGUAGACGUCGACGGCGACGGCGACGAUGUGGUAGCAGCGGAAAAGAUCCAGCAAGCGCUGGAGGAGGCGAUUACCGCGAAGUCCGAAGGGUUAAUGGUCAAGACCUUGGACGACAACGCUACGUAUGAACCUUCGAAAAGAAGCUUGAACUGGCUCAAGCUGAAAAAGGACUACCUCGACGGCGUCGGUGACAGUCUAGAUUUAGUGGUCGUGGGCGCCUACACGGGCCGGGGCAAGCGUACGGGCGUCUUCGGCGCCUACCUCUGUGCCUGCCUCGACGCGGAGUCGGGGGACCUCCAAAGCGUCUGCAAGAUCGGGACCGGUUUUAGUGAUGAAGACCUCAAGAAGUUCCACAACGAGUCGCAACCUCUCAUCAUCCCGAAGAAAGCUGCCAAUGUGGUCUGCGGGGAUGCGUUGGAGCAGGACAUCGUCUGGCUCGAGCCGAAGAUGGUCUGGGAAGUGCAGGUUGCUGAUUUGAGUCUGUCGGAUACGCAUAAAGGCGCUUUAGGGAGGGUGAAUGCGGGACGAGGUAUCGGGUUGCGGUUCCCUCGCUUGUUACGUGCUAGGGACGACAAGGCCGCGGACCAGGCGACGACGUCCGACCAAGUGCUUGAAUUAUACUUGAACCAGGACUCGGUCAAAGGGACUGCUCAAGUUGACGACGACGACGACGACGGCUACCUCUAGUCUUAGUAACAACUUA